AUGAGCCAUCCUCUACAAUCCAAUCACAAGGUCAUGCAACAUCCAUCUCACCACGAUUCGUUCCAGGAACCUUUCGAUGAUCCGGAUAUGGAGCCUUUGCCUAUUGGAGACCCCAUGUCAGAUCUGAAUCUGUCGCUUCUCUCCAGCUCUAUACUUGCUCCUGGAGGAAACCUUGAAUCAAACGAACAGGAAAACACGGAGCCAAGUUUCUUGUCUCCACUGUCAUCUUCCUUUUUCACUUCGACCGAUGAAACUGUUGGAAGCAAGGACAGCAACGACGAUGUCUUUUCGUCUACAAGUAACCCUCUCGAUUCUGUGCACCAGCAAUUAUUCCGCCAAGUUUCGUCUGACAAAACCAUGAUGAUGCGAUUCCGCCCGCACCAAGACCGCAAAUGGAGGGGAAUGUUCGAAAAACUUGUCCAGUACAAGCACAAACAUGGACACUGCUGCGUUCCCCAUUCCUAUAAAGAAGACAAAAUGCUCGCCCGUUGGGUCAAGAGACAGCGCUAUCAGCACAAGAAAUUCGAAGAUAAUGAUCCUGCCUCCACCAUGACAGCCCAACGCAUUGACUAUUUGAACUCUAUCGGAUUUGUUUGGCAUUCCCAUGCAUCUGCAUGGCAGACAAAGCUCAACGAGCUGAAGACUUUCAAGCAUAAAACAGGACAUUGUGAUGUGCCCUCACACUAUCCUGAGAAUGUUCCAUUGUCUGCAUGGGUCAGAUGUCAGCGAAGGCAAUACACUCUCUGGAAAUCUGGUUGCACAUCGACGAUGACAUCACAACGGUUCGAGCAACUACAGUCGUUGGGGUUUACCUUUGAGAAAUCAACUCGCUGUCAAAAUAGAGAAAUUUUAGAAAGAGUUUAA